UCUUUUAGCCCCGCAGCCAGCCAGACAGCCGUGGGCCGGAACAUGUGAUCUGGAAUGCGGGGGUGAGCGAGAGCUGACGUCGGGGUGGCCUGUACUACACGUGUCUUUUGGCUUAGCUCCCCCUCCGCAUCCCGAGAUCUUGGGAAAGUCCGCUUCCGCUGGUGUUGCUAUGGGGACCGUUAGACUCUUAACAGCAUUGAGUGACAGGCAGGCAGUGGUCGGGUACCGGGGUCAGCAGCGUCACUAACGGCAGCAGACAUGAGCCAGCGGCAGGUCCUCCAAGUUUUCGAGCAGUAUCAGAAAGCCAGGACUCAGUUUGUUCAAACUGUUGCAGAACUUGCUACAAGACCACAGAACAUUGAAACGUUGCAGAAUGCAGGCGUUAUGUCUCUGCUACGGCCCCUGCUCUUGGACGUUGUCCCAACUAUCCAGCAGACCUCUGCUUUGGCUCUCGGGAGGCUAGCCAAUUAUAAUGAUGAUCUGGCAGAAGCAGUUGUUAAAGGAGACAUUCUCCCACAGCUUGUGUAUUCUCUAGCCGAACAGAAUCGCUUUUACAAAAAAGCAGCAGCAUUUGUACUCCGAUCAGUUGCCAAACACUCUUCUCAGUUAGCCCAAGCCAUAGUGGAUUGUGGAGCUGUGGAUACACUGGUAGUUUGCCUGGAAGACUUUGACCCAGGAGUAAAGGAAGCUGCAGCCUGGGCUCUCGGUUAUAUUGCAAGACAUAAUGCAGAACUGUCACAGGCUGUGGUGGAUGCAGGAGCUGUCCCUCUGCUCGUCCUCUGUAUCCAGGAGCCAGAAAUUGCACUGAAAAGGAUUGCUGCUUCAGCCCUGAGCGAUCUAUCAAAGCAUUCUCCAGAGCUAGCACAGACCGUGGUGGACGCUGGGGCAAUUGCCCACUUAGCUCAAAUGAUUCUCAAUCCAGAUGCUAAACUUAAGCGACAAGUACUUUCUGCCCUCAGUCAGAUCUCAAAGCAUUCUGUGGAUUUAGCAGAAAUGGUCGUUGAGGCCGAGAUAUUUCCAGUUGUAUUGACAUGCCUGAAAGACCCUGACGAAUAUGUAAUGAAAAAUGCAGCCACUCUAAUCCGAGAAAUUGCACGACACACUCCUGAGCUGUCCCAGCUCAUAGUGAAUGCCGGGGGAGUGGCUGCCGUCAUUGACUGCAUUGGAAACUGCACAGGGAACGUUCGCCUUCCUGGGAUCAUGAUGUUGGGUUACGUUGCUGCUCAUUCAGAGAACCUUGCAAUGGCUGUCAUCGUCUCCAAGGGGGUACCACAAUUAGCCAUCUGCCUGUCAGAAGAAUCCGAGGAUCACAUAAAGGCGGCUGCUGCCUGGUCCCUGGGCCAGAUUGGGAGACACACUCCGGAGCAUGCACGUGCUGUUGCUGUAGCGAAUGUAUUACCAAAACUACUUAGCCUUUACAUGGAUACCGACAGCUCAGAGGAUCUGCAAGUCAAGGCAAAAAAGGCUCUGAAGAAUAUCUUGCAGAAGUGCACCCAUCUGCCAGCCCUAGAACCUCUACUGCAUGAUGCUCCACCCAAUAUUCUAAAGCAUGUUGUCGGACAGUUCAGCAAGGUUCUUCCACAUGACAGCAAAGCAAGGCGUCUAUUUGUAACAAGUGGUGGGCUGAAAAAGAUUCAAGAGAUAUCUGCAGAUCCCGGCUCACCUCUGCAGGAGUACAUCAAUACGAUCAAUAACUGUUACCCCGAAGAGAUUGUCAGAUAUUAUUCUCCUGGAUACUCACAGACCCUUCUGGAGAGAGUGGAACAUUACCAGCCAGUUAUUUAAUCCAAGUCACAACCUUUUUAAUUAAACAUUCUAAAUAACUGCACACUCAGAA